AAGAUCAACUUAGUUGUUGGGGAUAUCUUCAAGAUUAAAGGGUCAUUCACGACUGUUAUCGACGAUGCAUUAGAAGUUGUGAAGUGGUUCAAUAACCACAGCAGGGCACUCGGAAUUCUCAACGAAGUACAACGAAAUGUGUUUUCUGGGAAAACCCGGUCCUUAAUAUUGCCUGUCCUCACACGAUGGACAUCUCAUUAUCUUUCUGUGCGCCGACUUCUUGAGCUAGAAAUGCCGUUUAAAGAAAUGCUCACAACACGCAUCAAUGAGCUCAAGACCUGUGGUGGGAAUCGAGCAGAUGUCAUUCGAAAAUCAGCUUCAAUACUGGCAAUUUUGGGCCGCUUUGAUUUCUGGUACAAACUUCUAAUGUAA